AUGGCUGAGAACUUUGCUUUCGUUCAGGGGAAGUAUAACGGUAGCAUCAUUACUCUGAUGGGGAGGAACUCGAUCUUUAACAAAGUGAGGGAGGUGUCUGUGAUAGGAGGAAGUGGUGUUUUCAGGUUUGUUAGGGGUUAUGCUCUAGCAUCCGCUCAGUCGUUCAAUGCCUCUAAAAGUGACGAUGCUAUAGUGGAGUAUAAUAUCUAUGUCUUGCAUUAUUGA